AUGAUGGAGUCGUACCAGCCGCAGCCCAGCGCCAUGUCCGAGUUCAGCACGCAGCUGGAAAAAACGGAAGCAGCGACUCUUUCUCUUCGCAAAGAAGUCCAGUCUUUGGGGCAGCGCCUCAAAGGAACUCCGGACAGUGAGCUGCAGCAAAAGCUCGAGUACCUACAAGGUGCCGUGUCCAGUAGCCAAGCCAUGAACCGGGCCCUGUUCCUCAAGCAUGCUGGCAUCAGAGAAGAGUACACAGAUCUCGUUGCCUUCCCGGUAGCGGAUGGAGCCACCAGGUUGUACGAGUUGAAUGAGAUCUACGGCAAGAUGACUCAGCUGCUAUCUCUUGUUGAGGGGAACAUCUACAAGAUCCUGGGAACCCCAACCAAUUUCUUUGCAACACAAGUUGCUGCAUUUCAGUCCUGGCUGCAGACAUCUCCUUUCAAAGCCUGCAUGGCUAUGCUCGGCGCCGGAGCUGUCAGCGGAGCUUGUGUAGCUGGCAUCUUGGCACUAAUCGCUGAUGUGGGCUGCAAGUGCACGGCGUGGACUGUGCUAGGCCAUGCCCUGGCCGGUGCUGGGGUAGGCGCUUGCAUUGGUGCUGGUGGAGCCUUGGUUGGACUUAUCAUCUUUGCAGGAUACGAAUGCUGCUACCGGAAGAAGGAUAUGAAAUCCGACACAGCAAGAGUUGCAGAGAUGGUUGACGCGCUGAACACCAUCCCCGACAGCCAGUACAUCAAGCACCUGGACGACCUCAUUGCAGAUUGCUGCAUUGUAGCUAACCAGCUUCCUGCGCAUGAAGAUCGCAAGUGCCUGUUCUGCCACGAAGAAGGUGACAAAGUCAUUGAGCCAGUCCGAUCACGUGGCUGCCAAGGACACCAUUACAUGUGCAAGAUGUGCUGGAAGGAGUACCUCAAAACUCCCCGUGGGAGAUUUGGCAAGUGCUCUGUGUGUGAUUUGUAG